GGCUCUUGGGCCCAUAAGAAACCGGUGAAUGAGCAGCUGGCCCUUGCUGAAACUUGCUGGAGGUCUUUGGCUUCGCCCUUUCCUCCUCGUCGAUCCGCGGGCGAGCCAAGCUGGUGGAGGAUGAGGUCGUCCUGUGUUCUGCUCACCGCCCUGGUGGCCCUGGUCGCCUAUUACGUCUACAUCCCCCUGCCCGGCUCCGUGUCGGAUCCCUGGAAGCUGAUGCUGCUGGACGCGACUUUCCGGAGCGCACAGCAAGUGAGCAACCUGAUACACUACCUGGGACUGAGCCAUCACCUGCUUGCUCUGAAUUUUAUCAUCGUUUCUUUCGGCAAGAAAAGCGCGUGGUCAACUGCUGAGGUGAAGGUGACUGAUACUGACUUUGACGGCGUGGAAGUCAGAGUGUUUGAAGGUUCCCCAAAACCCGAAGAGCCACUGAAACGCAGCAUUGUUUAUAUCCAUGGAGGAGGCUGGGCUUUGGCAAGUGCAAAAAUCAGGUACUAUGAUGAACUAUGUACAACAAUGGCUGAGGAAUUGAAUGCUGUCAUUGUCUCCAUUGAAUACAGGUUAGUUCCAAAGGUUUAUUUUCCUGCACAAGUUCAUGAUGUUGUACGAGCCACGAAGUAUUUCCUGCGGCCAGAAAUCUUACAGAAGUAUUCAGUUGACCCAAGCAGAAUUGGCAUCUCUGGUGACAGUGCUGGGGGAAAUCUGGCUGCUGCCCUGGGCCAGCAGUUUAAUCAAGAUGCCAACCUCAAAAACAAGCUCAAGCUGCAAGCUUUAAUUUAUCCAGUUCUUCAAGCUUUAGAUUUUAACACACCAUCUUAUCAGCAAAAUGCGAACACCCCAAUCCUGCCCCGGUAUGUCAUGGUCAAGUACUGGAUGGACUACUUCAGUGGCAGCUAUGACUUUAUCCAGGGAAUGAUAGUUAACAAUCACACUUCACUUGAUGUGGAAGAGGCUGCUGCACUCCGGGCGCGUCUGAACUGGACAUCUCUCUUGCCAGCAUCCAUCACAAAGAACUAUAAGCCUGUCAUGCAGACCACUGGCAAUGCCAGGAUCAUUAAGGAGAUUCCUCAACUGCUGGAUGCCCGUUCUGCCCCGCUCAUCGCUGACCAGGAAGUCCUGCAGCACCUCCCAAAGACCUACAUUCUGACGUGUGAGCAUGACGUCCUAAGAGAUGAUGGAAUCAUGUAUGCAAAGCGUUUGGAGAGUGCAGGCGUGGAGGUGACCCUUGAUCAUUUUGAGGACGGUUUCCAUGGCUGUAUUAUUUUCACCAGCUGGCCCACCAACUUCUCAGUGGGAAUCCGGACUAGGAAUAGUUACAUCAAGUGGCUGGAUCAAAACCUGUAAAGAAAUAAAAUUUCUAGAAUGCUUGAGCUCCUCCUGACCUCCUGUACAUGCUUUGGAAAAACAUGCACUUUUUAUUCAACUAAUUUCCUCUUGUUACUCGUGAAUCUCUAUUCCCUGUAAACUUUGUGUUAAUUUAAUUUUUUAAAAAGUGAUUUGACUAACAAGUGCAAAAACAACUGAAUCUGGUUCUCAAAAUGGACCAGGGCCUGUCUCUCUGUUCUACUCAUUGUAACCGAACUACUUCUAAUCCCCACAACUGCAGACAGCAAGACUAGGAACUGGGAAUAGCUUUGGGUCCUGCCUUCAACAAGAGUUUCUUUUCAGAAGAAAUUCAGCAGCCGAUGAGAUAGUGACUUUAAUGAGCUAAGAAAAGUUGAGCUCCCCUUCAACUCUCUAGAGUUUAUUUUGGGUUCAGAGCAUUGAUAAACGUGUGCACUUUAAAGGUCAAUACUCUUUCCUCUAUGGGUGGAUGGUUUUGUGGGGAUUUCAACAAAAGCACUCUGACAAGGACAAGUUUCUCAAGACUUUCUUCCUUAGAGUGUUAAUUUUAUGAGAUAGUUAUCCGGCAGUCCAGUUGGAUUAUGAUGAUACUUGAAAGUUCCUUUCUACCACUAUUAUUAGAAAAUACGUCAUUGCAUGCACUGGAAAUCUGUACAUUAAGUUUUUUUAGUUAUGUUCUCUCUUUGUGGGGAGAUCUUUGGGAGCAAAUUUGUUUAGAUUUAAAAUAAAUUUUCCAUUACUAAACAGGUAAAAACAGACAAAUGAACCAGGUUAUUGUUUCAUAAAGAUUACUCCUGAUAUAAAUUACCAAGAGCAGUGUGUAUAUAUUUGGUAUAGUCAGAAAAGAAGAUGCAUUUAAUAUUAUUUUAAAAUUAUGAAAAAUACCUUCAGAGGGUCUAGUUUAUUCUUAAACCUAAACUUUUUCACUUACAUGACUUUAAAAUGGGGCUAUUUUGGUAUAUAUAAUGUAUGGUUUAUUUUUUAAAGUUAUUUAAUGUUAAUAUAUGUAGCUAGAAAGGUUUUUCAGAAUAAUGUCUGUAAUGAAUAUUAAAAAUAAUAUUUUUAGAAAACUACCAUAGGGUCUAAAAAACUACCUUAGAAUCAUAUCCUCCUGUAAUUUUAUGGACAGAGAUAAAAUAACUGUUAGUGCUACUAUAUAUACUAGGCUACAUAUUUUGAUGUUUAUAUGUAUACACAAAUUGAAAUAAGUAGAAACCAUGACUGUCCUAGUAAAUUCAUCUAAGCUUAGGCAAGGCAUGUACUGCUCAUUUCUGCUCUCUAAAGGUCAGAAGAACACUAGAUCAUAUCCUUCUGGGAAAAGGGCAUACAGUGUCACCUGGUGCCUUCCCCCUGUGUCUCCUUCUGGCCAGGUGGCAAAGUUACAACAGCCCAACUUUCACUUCAUGUGAAGCCUUCACUGCCAGUGAGAACCUGCUUGGCAUAGCAAGGAACUUCAAUUUGGUUUGAGUAUCUCUGCCCUCCUCCUGCCACUCUUCUGCCCCCACCCAGGCUACGUUUGGGGAUCAUAGAGAGCAGCACUACGGCCAAGGGAUGAUACAACAGACUCAUCUGUGGGGAGAAAGUAGCACUUUUUCACUCAUUCAGAAGAUGACAUUUCCCCACUUCUGGAAUUGAAAUGAAUGAAAAUUUGCACACUUAUUUUUCAUUUAUUAUUGUGUAAGCCAGUAGUAUUUUAUGUACAGUGUGUGUGCCUGAGUGCAUAUUAAAACAAUCAUGUGAAUUUACUUGCUAAUGUGUUCAGGCAAGUCAUUUACCACCUCUUGUCUUCUUUUCCCUUUCUGCGAAAAUCAGAGAAUGGAAUUACUUAUCGCUGAGGCCUCUUUCCACUCUAAAUCCCACUAGUUUGUUAAACAGGACAAUUAUAUUGACCUUUCCUACAGUGAAUUUUUUUCCCACAUACACAGAGACAUUCAUCAUCAAAGUAUUUUUCUUAAAAAACUGGAAUUUUAAUUCUUGCUCUGAUAACUACCUCCCUCAUUUAAUAUCAUUCUUUUUGACACCACUUAAAGGAAUCAGUUUUUGGACCUUAUUUGAAGUUACCUGUCUCUGAGAAAGCAAAUAUCAUAUAUGCAGGGUUGCUUACAAUGACAUUUGCUCCUAGAAUUGUGAGCCAAAUCCUAGAGUAAUUAUAGAUAAUAACAAAUGAUCCCAGGGCUCUAAAGGGCUCUCUCAGAUGAAAAGGACAUAAAAGAAAAAAGGGAUCAACCACUGUUUCUGGUGAAAUACUUGAGUUUCAUUAAAGCUUUUACAGACAUGAAUAAUUAUCUAAUGACUUGCACUGUAUCCCACCUCGGAUCUCUCUAGAAAGAAAUUCCUCUUGGAAUGAUAGCAAUUGGGAAUCAUGAUAUACAAAACCCACUAGAAAUGAGAGGCUAGACCAAAUAAAAAUCUGAGUCCUUUGGGAAGCCUACUGAGUUGAUGUUAAUGGUUAUGUUAAUGGAACAAGUUCAUUUUCUUUAAGUUUUUCUUCAUAUGAAAAAAAGUUUAUGCUCUGCUGGUUGAUUUGAGAUGGGGAAGAGUAUGGCUUUGUUUUCUUUUCCUAUUUUAUGAAAAAGCUGAUUGUCUUUUUGUCAUGUUACUGUUUGUGAAAUAUGAACAUAAAUAUAUGAAGAAACAAUCUUGAAGUACUGCAAAAUAUAGUGAAGUGUAAAUUAGUUUUAGAGUUUUAUCAUUGAUUUGGUAAGCUUUUAAGACUAUUGUAUAAUUAUCUUGGUGGAUAGAAUAUUUUGUGCAUGACCUUUUAACCUUUGACUUUUUGCUGAUUUCCCAUUGCAAAGGGGUAGGCAGAUUUUAUGAAGGAUUUUAGCAAUGUAUUUUAUAAAAUGAAAAUUCAGUGUGGAAACAAGAAAGUAUCUAUUUUGACUCAUGUUUGGAAAUAAAAUGGCUCCAUCUGGGAA